AUGUCUCUACCACGAAUUCUCCUAACCCUCAUGGUGAAAACAAUCCGUUUCCUCGCCAAUACCUUCGCGCCCAUCAUCCUCCGCUACGUUUAUCGCACACCUCCCCACCCUGCGACCUACACCCUCCGCAUCCACACUACACUUCUCCCCGCCUCUCCCGGAUCUCUCACUCUCCACAUAUACCAACCCCACGGCCACCAAAUCUCAAAAACUGAUCCCCUGCCAUGUAUUCUCAAUUUCCACGGCGGAGGUUUUGUAAUCGGGAAUCCGACGGAUGAUUCGCUUUGGUGCCAUACUGUAUCGACAUUACAGAAUUGCAUUGUGAUAUCUGCAUCUUAUCGAUUGGCUCCCGAGCAUCCCUUUCCUACAGGACCUUACGAUGCAUGUGAUGCCCUUCUAUAUGUAUUUUCCCAUGCUGAAGAAUUAGGCAUUGAUGUCGAAAACAUUGUAUUGAGUGGAUUUAGUGCAGGAGGAAGUUUAUGUUUUGGUAUUCCUUUAUUGUUGGAAGACUUAAAGGACAGACGGGUUGUGAAGAAUAGAAACUGGAAUGUCAAGGGUAUCAUGGCAUGGUAUCCAGGAUUCGAUAGUACGAUAUCACGUUCUGAAAAGAAAAUGAGGAUGAAGGAUCCAAGUCUCUCAUUGCCAUCUUGGCUCACGAGUAUUUUCGAUCAGUCGUAUAAACCUGAGUAUUUGAAUAUUGAUCGCAGGCAUAAGCUACUUUCGGCUGGGAUCCAAAGUAAAGAGGUGUUGGAAAAAGGGUUACCGAGAAAAAUGAGGAUUGUUACUUGUGAACAUGAUAUGCUGUGUAGGGAAGCGGAGGAAUUUGUAGAGAGAUUGAAGGGUUGGGGUUGGGAAGUGGAUUUGGAGUGUGUAAUGGGUGUGAGGCAUGGAUGGGAUAAGUUUCCGCGUGCGAAGCCCGACCCGAGGGAGUUUUAUGGAAGGGCUGGGGAGUGGCUGAGAAAAGAAGUUUGGGGUGGGGAUGAGGAGAGUGGUUAUUGA